AUGGAGCCUCUGUACCAACAAAGGCACACGCAGGUCCAUGAGAUCCAGUCUCACAUGGGACGCCUGAAGAUGGCAGGCAGGCAGUCUGUGCACUUAGUAGAAAACGAAAUACAAGCAAGCAUAGACCAGAUAUUCGGCCAUCCAGAGCGUCUGGCGUCAAGCAAGGAAACCCCUAAUAAAAGGCAGAAUGCCAAACUCCGUGUCGACCAACUGAAGUACGAUGUCCAGCACCUGCAGACUGCCCUCAGGAACUUCCAGCACCGGCGCUAUGCCAGGGAGCAGCAGGAGAGGCAGCGAGAGGAGCUUCUGUCUCGCACCUUUACCACUAACGACUCUGACACCACCAUACCCAUGGAUGAAUCACUGCAAUUUAACUCCUCCCUCCAGAACAUUCACCAUGGCAUGAAUGACCUCUUUGGAGGCGGGCACAGUAUUCUGGAGGGACUGAGGGCCCAGAGACUGACCUUGAAGGGGACUCAGAAAAAGAUCCUUGACAUUGCCAAGAUGCUCGGCCUGUCCAACACAGUGAUGAGGCUAAUUGAGAAGCGGGACUUCCAGGACAAGUACUUCAUGAUUGGUGGGAUGCUGCUCACCUGUGCAGUUAUGUUCCUUGUAGUCCAGUACCUGACAUGAGCCAGCU